AAAGCCCUGACUUGGUUUCACAUUGACCCAGGACAAAAUUACGUCUUAGUCAACCUAUCUUUUUUAUGUAUCUGGGUAAGACGUCCAAUUGAUAAGAAAAAUAACAUUGUAUUUCAGACAAUAUUUUCCAUUUCUAACAACUUGUCAGUUUGCAAAACCUCUUAAAGACAAAGUACACAGUUUACAAAACUUUUCAUUCUAAAAUCCUACAGUAUUUGAAAAUGUCCAUAGCAACAGUUAGUAAGGAGCCUCAAUGCAAUAAUGUGCCACAUUCCAACUGAUGAAGCCAGAUUUGUGGUGAAACACAUCUUGGAUGCUUUUAUUAUGGAUGUUAAUAUUAUUUUAUGGUGUUUAAUAAAGGGGGACGUGCUUUGGGUACAUUUGAUUAUUUCCAAUCUUUUUCUUCAUUGACCUGGCGGUGGUUAAGGAGUAAUGUACUUCCCAUCACAAAGCACUGUAGACCUGGAGCCGGUCCCAUAGGCUCCUGAUAAGGUGAGCAGUUUUGUUGCAUGCAUUGUGCUUAUAACUCAAGGUAAAGCACUAUAUUCAUUGUCUCUUGUUUGGAUGUCCUGACAGCAUCUGUCAUAAGGAGAAGGGAUGUACACUGCCAUAACAGUACAAAGGCUGCUGUGUUUGGAGCUAACUUUAGGACUCUACUCAUGUGUAUUUGUCAGGAGAAGUGACAAGAUCAGAAAUACUAGAAUCAAGGCUAUGAAGAAAUCUUUUAAUAACAGAACCAAGGAGUCUAACUCUGACAAAUCAAGCAUUUUCUCAGAUACCUAUAUGUUCUCAAAGGAGACAGUAAACAUAAACCCCAAACCUUUCUCAUGUUCUGAAUGUGGAAAAUGUUUUAGUCACCUUUCAAGACUUGUUAGACAUCAGAGAACUCACACAGGAGAGAAACCGUUCUCAUGUUCUGAAUGUGGAAAAUGUUUUGGGCGACAUUCAAAUCUUGUCAUUCAUCAGAGAAUUCACACAGGAGAGAAACCGUUCUCAUGUUCUGAAUGUGGAAAAUGUUUUGUUCGACCUUUGCAACUUGUCAGUCAUAAGAGAACUCACACAGGAGAGAAACCGUUCUCUUGUUCUGAAUGUGGAAAAUGUUUUGUCUCUAAAGCAAAUCUUGUCCGUCAUCAGAUAACUCACACAGGAGAGAAACCGUUCUCGUGUUCUGAAUGUGAAAAAUGUUUUGUCGCUAAAGCAGAUCUUGUCCGUCAUCAUAGAACUCACACAGGAGAGAAACCGUUCUCAUGUUCUGAAUGUGGAAAAUGUUUUGGGCGACAUUCAAAUCUUGUCAGUCAUCAGAGAAUUCACACAGGAGAGAAACUGUUCUCAUGUUCUGAAUGUGGAAAAUGUUUUGUUCGACUUUCGCAACUUGUCAGUCAUCAGAGAACUCACACAGGAGAGAAACCGUUCUCUUGUUCUGAAUGUGAAAAAUGUUUUGUCGCUAAAGCAUAUCUUGUCCAUCAUCAGAAAACUCACACAGGAGAGAAACCAUUCUCGUGUUCUGAAUGUGGAAAAUGUUUUGUCACCAAAGCACUGCUUUUCCGUCAUAUAAUAACUCACACAGGAGAGAAACAUUUCUCUUGCUCUGAAUGUGGAAAAAAAUUUGGGCGACAUUCAGUACUUGUGAGUCAUCAGAGAAUUCACACAGGAGAGAAACCAUUCUCAUGUUCCGAAUGUGGAAAAUGUUUUGUCACCAACACAGUGCUGCUCGUUCAUAAGAGAACUCACACAGGAGAGAAACCAUUCUCAUGUUCUGAAUGUGGAAAAUGUUUUGUUGGUAAACCAGAUCUUGUCAUUCAUCAGAGAAUUCACACAGGAGAGAAACCGUUCUCAUGUUCUGAAUGUGGAAAAUGUUUUGUUCGACCUUCACAUCUUGCCAGUCAUCAGAGAACUCACACAGGAGAGAAACCAUUCUCUUGCUCUGAAUGUGGAAAAAAAUUUGGGCAACAUUCAGUACUUGUGAGUCAUCAGAGAACUCACACAGGAGAGAAACCAUUCUCAUGUUCUGAAUGUGGAAAAUGUUUUGGACGACAUUCAGAACUUGUCAUUCAUCAGAGAAUUCACACAGGAGAGAAACCAUUCUCAUGUUCUGAAUGUGGAAAAUGUUUUGGGCGACAUUCACAACUUGUCAUUCAUCAGAGAACUCACACAGGAGAGAAACCAUUCUCAUGUUCUGAAUGUGGAAAAUGUUUUGGGCGACAUUCACAACUUGUCAUUCAUCAGAGAACUCACACAGGAGAGAAACCAUUCUCAUGUUCUGAAUGUGGAAAAUGUUUUGGGCGACAUUCACAACUUGUCAUUCAUCAGAGAACUCACACAGGAAAGAAACCGUUCUCAUGUUCUGAAUGUGGAAAAUGUUUUUUCACCAACACAUUGCUGCUCCUUCAUAAGAGAACUCACACAGGAGAGAAACCAUUCUCAUGUUCCGAAUGUGGAAAAUGUUUUGUCACCAACACAGUGCUGCUCGUUCAUAAGAGAACUCACACAGGAGAGAAACCAUUCUCAUGUUCUGAAUGUGGAAAAUGUUUUGUCACCAACGCAGUGCUUGUCAGUCAUCAGAGAACUCACACAGGAGAGAAACCAUUUUCAUGUUCUGAAUGUGGAAAAUGUUUUGGGCAACAUUCACAACUUGUCCGUCAUCAGACAACUCACACAGGAGAGAAACCAUUCUCAUGUUCUGAGUGUGGGAAAUGUUUUUUUUCCAAAGCAGAGCUGGUCCAUCAUCAGAGAACUCACACGGGAGAGAAACCGUUCUCAUGUUCUGAAUGUGGAAAAUGUUUUAGGCAACAUUCAAAACUUGUCAUUCAUCAGAGAACUCACACAGGAGAAAAAACAUUCUCAUGUUUUGAAUGUGGAAAAUGUUUUGUCACCAACACAAUGCUUCUCCUUCAUAAGAGAACUCACACAGGAGAAAAACAGUUCUCAUGUUCUGAAUGUGGAAAAUGUUUUGGGCGACAUUCACAACUUGUCAGUCAUCAGAGAACUCACAUGUGAGAUGAUUUUAUAAUUAAUCUAUGGCUUAACAUAGGAAUAAAAACUUAUUUUGUGAAUUUUUCUAAUGCUGACGCAAUAAAUAGUAACUUUGAUAGUAGCAGGAAAUGUACAUAUGAUGCAAUGGUAUUGUGGCAACCCAAUGCUAUAAUUCGAACGGCGCCUAACCUCUGCUGUACUUGGUUGUGAACUCGCCAGCAACUCAGUAUCCAAUCCAGGAGACUUUGUGGUUGUAUGUUCUGGCUGUUACAAAGUAAUACACUUCAAUGAAUAUGGUUCCUCAGUAUGACUUAAAGUUGCCUGAUUCGAACCAAGACCUCAGCAAAGAGACAAGACACACGCUUCUUGCUGGCAACUUGUAGUAUCACUAUUUCUGAUCUCCAGUUUUUAUUUUUAAAAAAAAUCACAGCACACACAUGAAAUGUAUUUACAAGUUAUUCAUACCAAUAAGAAUAUGAUCUGGGAUAGGAGACCAGAGCUCUGACUGAGCAAUGUUGUAACGGCUACCCCAGUGGAGAGGGGGUAUCAGCCUUUGGAGACGUCCUUUUUCCCGGCAAGAUGCUGAUUUCUAUCAGCUGGAUGCAAGUAGAGAGAGAGAGAUGUAGAGCUCUGAAAAGAGCUAGUGAUUAGCUUAGCAGGUUCCCUUUCAAUAACGAGACAAAGCUACGUUUUUAAGGGUAAAGUAGAAUCCAUUCAGGGGUUCCAGAUGUAUAAAAAAGGUCUCUUUGGACCGAUUGCACGCCUGUUUGCAAGCCCAAAACAGUUCCACAGAUUCAGACUGUGCAGUCGGUCUAUUUCUGCCCUGAAAAAUGGCAAAGUCCCAUCCGAAGGCGGCGGUCGAAGUUAAACCGGGGUUGUGUUUCAGUGAUGUUCGAUGGUCUCAUAGAGGUUUAUUUGACACCAGAGUGACUAAGUCCCAUUCGAACGGGUGUUCUAAUCUUCGAACUGGACUUAGUCUCCAGCCGCAGUGCCGUAGGGGUAGGGGAAGGUACAGGUCAGCAGUGUUCGUUCCAAUGUGUGGCCAAUUUCUGUUCCAGGGAUUUGACGGCACACACCGCUGACCGCGUUCGACUGGAUUAAAAUGUCCGCUGCCACGUGUUCGAAUGGCGGCCUCUUUGACUACUUCGGCACUUAGGCUGUAUUCCGAAGUGCAAUAUCAAACAUACCAAUCGUUUGUACAAAACAGUUAAAGGACCAGACAUAAUCUUGGUUCUUUAGGCACAGGCAAUGUGGAAGAUGGUAAACCAAACAAAACGGUAGCAGUUCCCAGGCAACAUGGUAGGGGGUUGUUACAAAUGUAAAUUUGCUAAUUAUCCCCUGACUUCCUUUAUUCUUAUACCAGAACACAAUAUCCUUGGAAAUUCCAAGAGAAAGGCUAGUUUCCCCAACCCCCAUGUUAAUACAGACUUCAAGCAAAGUUUGUGUUUACCUCUAAUUCUCUAAGGUUUUUUUUUCCCUUAGGGCAUACAUACAAUGCACCUAAGACUAUAACCAAUAAAUAUAUACCAAUUGUAUUAAAUAUUCUAAUCAGUCAACUCAUAAUUUGGAGUCCAAUUUUUAGCCUUCUGAAAAAUAUUUAAUGAGCUUUUUAAAUAUAUGCAAUUAAUAUUGUAAUGGAAAUAUAAUGUAAGAUACAUUGACCCCAGGCUCAAUCUAUUAAGAUGAUCGAGUGUCCAGUUUGUUUUUACUUUCAUGUUAUGCUUUCUAACUUUUAGUCUAGUUUCGACCGUCUGACAAAUAAGCACAAGUAAGCAUAACAUCAUGACUUGUGACAUUCUGCAGCUUCCCCCAUUAACCCCCCUUCUGAUGUCCUAAUGUGUGUGU